AGUCCUUAGAUUACUAUGAGAGCCGGAGGGUCCUGAGCAGGACCGCAAAUCCCAGGAAGAAGGGCUUGGACUCGGGAGAAGACUCUGACGUCAAGACCUGCUUGGGAAUUUCUUUUUUUUUGGGGGGGGGGAGGUCUUGGUUGUGCGGAGGGAGGACGAGGAGGUGUGUGGCACGGUCUAACUUGAGGCCGCGUGAAGGCCCCCUCAGGCGGCGCCGCGGGCAGCCCCGCAGCCGGGGCCUGGUGCAGCCGCCGCGGCCGCUGUCAGGGAAGCGCAGGCGGCCAAUGGAACCCGGGAGCGGCCGCUGCUGCUGAGGCGGCGGUGUCGGCAGUCCGACCCCGACCGCCCGCACCCCCUCCGCGGGGUCCCCCGGAGCUUGGAAGCUUGAAGUCUGGCUGUGGCCAUGGGAGACACGGUAGUGGAGCCUGCCCCCCUGAAGCCGACUUCUGAGCCUACUCCUGGCCCGCCAGGAAGUAACGGGGGCUCCUUGCUAAGCGUCAUCACGGAGGGGGUCGGGGAACUAUCAGUGAUUGACCCUGAGGUGGCCCAGAAGGCCUGCCAGGAGGUGCUGGAGAAAGUCAAGCUUUUGCAUGGAGGCGUGGCCGUCUCUGGCAGAGGCACCCCGCUGGAGUUGGUCAAUGGGGAUGGUGUGGACAGUGAGAUCCGUUGCCUAGAUGAUCCACCUGCUCAGAUCAGGGAGGAGGAAGAUGAAAUGGGGGCCACUGUGGCCUCGGGCACAGCCAAAGGAGCAAGAAGGCGGCGGCAGAACAACUCAGCCAAACAGUCUUGGCUGCUGAGGCUGUUUGAGUCAAAACUGUUUGACAUCUCCAUGGCCAUUUCAUACCUGUAUAACUCCAAGGAGCCUGGAGUGCAAGCCUACAUCGGCAACCGGCUCUUCUGCUUUCGCAAUGAGGAUGUGGACUUCUAUCUGCCCCAGUUGCUUAACAUGUACAUCCACAUGGAUGAGGACGUGGGUGAUGCCAUUAAGCCCUACAUAGUCCACCGAUGCCGGCAGAGCAUUAACUUUUCCCUGCAGUGUGCCCUGUUGCUUGGGGCCUACUCUUCAGACAUGCACAUUUCCACUCAGCGACACUCCCGUGGGACCAAGCUACGGAAGCUGAUCCUCUCAGAUGAGCUGAAGCCAGCUCACCGAAAGAGGGAGCUGCCCUCCUUGAGCCCAGCCCCUGACACAGGACUGUCUCCCUCCAAAAGGACUCACCAGCGCUCUAAGUCAGAUGCCACCGCCAGCAUAAGUCUCAGCAACAACCUGAAGCGAACAGCCAGCAAUCCUAAAGUGGAGAAUGAGGAUGAGGCGCUCUCCUCCAGCACCGAGAGUAUUGAUAAUUCAUUCAGUUCCCCGGUCCGACUGGCUCCUGAGAGAGAAUUCAUUAAAUCCCUGAUGGCAAUUGGCAAGCGACUGGCCACACUCCCCACCAAAGAGCAGAAAACACAGCGGCUAAUCUCAGAACUCUCCCUACUCAACCAUAAGCUCCCUGCUCGAGUCUGGCUGCCGACUGCUGGCUUUGACCACCACGUGGUCCGCGUGCCCCACACACAGGCUGUUGUCCUCAACUCCAAGGACAAGGCUCCUUACCUGAUCUAUGUGGAAGUCCUCGAAUGUGAAAACUUCGACACCACCAGUGUUCCUGCCCGGAUCCCAGAGAACCGAAUUCGGAGCACUCGGUCUGUGGAGAACCUGCCCGAGUGUGGUAUCACCCAUGAGCAGCGGGCUGGCAGCUUCAGCACUGUGCCCAACUAUGACAACGAUGACGAGGCUUGGUCAGUGGACGACAUAGGCGAGCUGCAAGUGGAGCUCCCUGAAGUGCACACCAACAGCUGUGACAACAUCUCCCAGUUCUCUGUGGACAGCAUCACCAGCCAGGAGAGCAAGGAGCCUGUGUUCAUUGCAGCAGGGGACAUCCGACGACGCCUCUCAGAACAGCUGGCUCACACCCCCACAGCCUUCAAACGAGACCCAGAAGACCCUUCUGCAGUUGCCCUCAAAGAGCCCUGGCAGGAAAAAGUGCGGCGGAUCAGAGAGGGUUCCCCCUAUGGCCAUCUCCCCAAUUGGCGGCUCCUGUCAGUCAUUGUCAAGUGUGGAGAUGACCUACGGCAGGAGCUACUGGCUUUCCAGGUGUUGAAGCAGCUGCAGUCCAUUUGGGAACAGGAGCGAGUGCCUCUCUGGAUAAAGCCAUACAAGAUUCUCGUGAUCUCGGCUGACAGCGGCAUGAUUGAACCCGUCGUCAACGCUGUAUCCAUCCACCAGGUGAAGAAACAGUCACAGCUCUCCUUGCUCGAUUACUUCCUGCAGGAGCAUGGCAGUUACACCACUGAGGCGUUCCUUAGUGCCCAGCGCAAUUUUGUGCAAAGUUGCGCUGGGUACUGCUUGGUCUGCUACCUGCUGCAAGUCAAGGACAGACACAAUGGGAACAUCCUUCUGGACGCAGAAGGCCACAUCAUCCACAUCGACUUCGGCUUCAUCCUGUCCAGCUCACCCCGAAACCUGGGCUUUGAGACAUCAGCCUUCAAGCUAACCACAGAGUUUGUGGAUGUGAUGGGCGGUCUGGAUGGAGACAUGUUCAACUACUACAAGAUGCUGAUGCUGCAAGGGCUGAUUGCUGCUCGGAAGCACAUGGACAAGGUGGUGCAGAUCGUGGAGAUCAUGCAGCAAGGUUCUCAGCUUCCUUGCUUCCAUGGCUCCAGCACCAUUCGCAACCUCAAGGAGAGGUUCCACAUGAGCAUGACGGAGGAGCAGCUCCAGCUGCUGGUGGAGCAGAUGGUGGACGGCAGCAUGCGGUCCAUCACCACCAAACUCUACGACGGCUUCCAGUACCUCACCAACGGCAUCAUGUGACCCCCCCCUCCUCGGGCCCAAGGCACCCCUUCCGGGAGGACCCUUGUUUGCGAGACCCCACUACCCAACCAUCCACCUGAGGGAAACAAAGGCAAGAAAUAUAAAGGAUCAUGUGGUAACUGCCAGAGCUUGCCGGGGGUGGGGUGGGGGAUGGGAGGCCAGCCGCGGGUGCAGACUGGCCGGGGUACCCCUGCCCAGCCCUGUGUCAGUAUCACCACCUGACACACUCCAGGACUCACUGCCCUCCAGAGCAGAGGUGACGAAUGCGAGGGACACCAGGGCCUUCCGCUUCAUCUGUCCUGGGUCCCAGAGAGGGAGGCAGGAGUAGGUUCUUGGUACUUGGGACUCGAUCCUGUGGUUGGCCUUUGGCCAUGCUGCUGCCCACCUCUGUCCCCUCCCAGGGACUGACCCCAGGCCGAGCUCUUUCACAGCGGCUCUGCUGUGGGGUCCCGCACUUGCUGAGCUGCCCAUCACGGGGGCGAGGAAGGGAAUUACCACAACCCCCCCAGCGUAUUGAGGGUAUUGGCCUAGCUGUGGUUCCUUACCCUGGUCCCUUCCCCACACCCAGGGACAUGGCUCUCAAUUUUUUAUUUUUAACUCUUGUUUGAAAUAAAGUCCUUAGUUAGCCAUCUGUGUCAUCCGAGUUGGGUCUUUUGGGGCAGGGGGGUAACGAGUGAACAGAUGCCCUGGGCCCAGGGGACAAAAGGC